AUGAAGACUGAAUCGUGCAAAACCGUUGUUGGACUCGUACUCCUUGUCGUGCAGGUCCUGACCUCGCCCCUCGAGCAGCAGCAUCCUAGAGCCGUAAUGGAGCCGCAGGCGGCCUGUGAGCAGGGCCAAUGCCCUGACAGCCGGUUCGGCCUCGAUCUGCUGAGCGAGAAGUCGACCUUCAGCUGGAACUACAAGCUCAGAUGGAGAGUUCACUGUGGCUGCUCCACGCAUGUUUCCUCAGAGGACGGAUGUGCUGUCGUAACCGCCUGUGGCGUGAGUCAUCGCGUGUGCCUCGACUGGCGCAGCCGCCGCGGGCACUGGAUCGACGGCAAUGGCUCCAAAACUUGCUACUCUAUUGACCAUCAAUACGUUUGCGCCCGUGAAAAGUGGCAGGCAUGGCCGUCGGCCGAGGUUGAGUGUACCUGGUAG